AUGCCAAACCUCUAUGGAGACAUUCUCAGUGACCUGUGUGCGGGGCUAAUCGGCGGGCUGGGAGUGACACCCAGCGGGAACAUUGGCGCCAAUGGCGUGGCCAUCUUCGAGUCGGUCCACGGCACAGCCCCCGACAUUGCAGGCAAGGACAUGGCCAAUCCCACGGCCCUCCUGCUCAGCGCUGUGAUGAUGCUGCGUCACAUGGGCCUGUUCGACCAUGCUGCCAAGAUUGAGACUGCCUGCUUUGCUACCAUCAAGGAUGGGAAGAGCUUAACAAAAGAUUUGGGAGGGAAUGCCAAGUGCUCAGACUUCACCGAGGAAAUCCGCCGCCGCGUGAGAGACCUGGACUGAGGCACCUGCACAGUCCCCAAACCUCACUCCCAGGCGCCACACUCCUGCUCUUUGUGCAUCUGGUUUGCUUCUCGACAGAACCCCUGGUCAGAUCUGGCCUGUCCUAACAAAAGCUCUGCGGAGGGCACAGGGACACCCCCGCCUGCUUUCAAAGGACUUUUUCCAAGUGCUUGUUUUAUUUAUUUAUCUAUCUGGUAUACAUUUUUUGGGUAAACUCCAAGUGGACUGUAUCAUUUGCCAUUCUUAACCAUUGUACACUUCAGUUAAAGCACCUUUUUUUCCUCAGCUGUAAAUAUGAUACAGAAUUAAUAAGAGCAAAAAUUUAACUUUUUAAAAAACGUAUUUUCCUUGGUUUAUGAAAAAAAAUGUAAUAAUUACAAGAGAAUAUUGACAUAAUAGCACAAGACAGAAUCAUUAAACAGGCACAGGAAGUUCCUGGGAAAGUGGGAAUCACUGGGAAAGCGGUGAUUGCGGCACUUUUCUUAGUGAGAUAUGAAAACCUUGACAUGAAUUAUGUUCUUUACCUGAAAUCUUGAGUGUGAAUAAAGACUUCCAAUCCGA